AUGUACAAAUCAAAAAGUGAAUUUAAAGAUGUUCAAGCUGAUGUCUGUUAUGAUGUUUUGCAGUGGGAUAAGUAUUUGAUGACUACAACUCGAAUUGGCUAUUUGGAUCAAAACAAUGAUGUGUGCUACUAUACAGUUGGUUCUCUUCCACCUUUUCGCAACCGUGAUUUUGUGUUGCUACGUUCGUGGGCUGAUUUAGGCAAAGAAAAGUUUAUUUUGGCACAUUCUGUUUGGCAUGAUAAAUUUCCACCAACCAAAGACUACAUUAGAGGAACAGUUUAUUUAACAAUUAAUUAUGUGAAGGCUCUAGAAAAAGGAUGUCAAUUUACUUAUUUAACACUGGUUGACCCUAAAGGAAAAUUACCAAACUGGCUAAUUAAUCGAGUAACAAAAACAAUCGCCCCCAGACUUUGUAAAAAACUGAGAAAGGCGUGUCUAGGCUAUGACCGGUGGAAGAGGAAACAUAAAAAAACUGAGGAGAACAAUUUUUGGAGAAUUAAGGAAAUGAAGGUUAUAAUGUUUUUUAUACGGUUGGACCUCACAUUAAGAUUGACCCUUUGGGAUGAAAACAUUUGGGCUGAAAAUUUUAUUUUAUAAAUAAAUAGGAGGAAGGAGCGUCAGUUUUGGGUAUGUCUUCGGAGCAGGAAUCACAAUUCUGAAAUGUCUGGAGCCGGAUCCAGUAUUGGUAAGAGGCUGCAAAACGCUACCCAGAAUUU